AUGUGGUUGGCUACCGACAGAGCGCGCACCGGUCUCGUACCCAGGCAAAAAUCUAACAUUGAAUCCGAGACAGACAGCGAGGGUGACAGCGACAUUGCGGAAGGAGGCGACGUUGAGAGUGAUCAUUUCGAGGACAACUACGACGGCAAAGAUGACGACAACAACAUCAACGAUGGCGACAACACCAACGAUGGCUACAAUAACGGCGAUGACAGCAACGACAUCAAUGACAGUAUCACCAACGAUGGCUACAACUGGAAUUCGCAACCCAAUCUCGACGACCUUUUCAACCACGGCAUAAGCGAGGGCGAAAGCGAAGACGGCGAAUUCAAUGCUGAUACAAGCACAUAUGUUCAGCAACAACCCUUCGCCACGCCACCUCUGCCACCUCUGCCAGCCAGUCUCAAAGCGUCAAUCAAAGAUACAGUCAGGAGGUGUCAGGAACGUGAGCAAGACCUCAUUGCAAAUGGUUUCCAUGAAGGAACGAAAGAAUUCUUCAAUGAUCCAAUCCGGAGAGAAUUGAGCAUCUUGCAGCAAGAAGCCAUCGGCAUCAAUAUGAAGGAAUACAUGCUCUUCAGGUUCGGGAGGGUAACGGAUGACGAGGGAAAUGACUUGCCGGGUGCGCCAUUUUAG